UCCGCCCCGACCGGGGGGCGAACCCGGAAGUGCAUGUGGCCGAUGGGGGCAGGCGGAGCGGCGGCCUGAGGGGGUAUUGGACACAAUGACAAUCACUGUAGUGUAUGAUAACUCUGAAGCUAUGGAGCUCUGUGCUUCUCAGCAUCUGUAUCUUAAACCAGUAGCAAAACUGACUAUCAGUGUGAUGUUUCCAGAACACACAGAAUCUACCCGAUCUUUCUCUAAAUGGGAAGUGAUGGACAAGCUGAAGAACAUGAUUUGUCCAGACCAAUUUACUACUGUUAGGGUUUCAAAGAGCACUAAGGAUUUCAUUCGAUUUGAGGGAGAGGCAGAAACUAAAAGGUUGAUCCUCACACUUAAGGAAAAACUGCAUGGAAAGGUAAUAAAACUGAAUGGUUUUAAAGAUGACUUGAAGGUGAUGGCCACCGAGGCACAUGCUGACUUUCCAACUCCACAAGAGUGGGCAUCUUACCUGAAUAAAAGAGAGAUUACGAAUGAAGACCUUACUGAGCAAACCGCUGAUAUUCCUGAUUGCAUCUAUUUUGAAGGUUUGCCAUGCAAAUGGUUUGCACUAAAGGGCUCAAAUAGUGAAAAGCCGAGUGAAGAUGUUUUAAGAGUGGUGUUCGAAAGCUUUGGAAAGAUCAAGAACAUAGAUAUCCCUAUGCUUGACCCUUAUAGAGAAGAAAUGGUGGGAGGAAAUUUAAAUAACUUCCUUUUUGGAGGUCUACAGACAUUUGAAGCUUUUGUCCAGUACCAAGAGUACACGGCUUUUGUGAAAGCUAUGGAGUCACUUAGGGGAAUGAAGCUGAUGUUUAAAGGGGAUGAUGGAAAAGCUCUGGCAUGUAACAUGAAGGUGACUUUUGAUACAACCAAACAUUUCAGCAAAGGAGCUAUCAAAAAGAGAAGGCUGGAAAGACAAAAGCUGCAAGAGCUAGAGCAAGAAAGAAAAAGGGAAAAAAAGAGAGAGGAAGAGGAGGCUGCAAGAAAAAGACGUGAUGAUGAAAAAAUUGCUCGAGAAAGAAAAAGGAAGGCUAAGCUCAAGAGGAGAGAACACAGGCAGAUAGAUCGGGAUGAGAAACGCCCAAGAAAGCAACAGAAGGUAACAGCUGAAGAAGAGCAGUGGCCAGAGAAUAUGCCUGAAUGGGAAGAGAGGAAAUAUCUGCUAGCUCAGAGAAGAGUGGAGUCUAUAAGGCUGCUUACAGUGCUGUUAAGCCGAGUAAAAGAUUUUGCACAGUUGACCAGCCAAAAAGUGGAGCCCUUGCUGUACCCUGAAGAGAUAAGAAAGGAUUGCUUUCCUGAGACAGAGUUACGAAAUGCACAGACAGAGCAGAGAGAAUCCCGUUAUCUUCUACACAAAGAACUGAAGGAUAAGAAAAAAUUUAGCAAUCAGUUCUUCCAAACGGGUAACACCUCUUUUAGUGAGGAAGAGGUGCCAAGUAAUCUAACUGCAUCACCUUGUCAUCUUGUGAGAACGAUCUUAAAUGAUCCAACUGCAGCAAGCACUGGUAAAUUAACUGGCAGGGAUGCGUACAGUUCCUCUGGCUGUGAGUCUUUACAGAUUACAGUUACUCAAGACUGCAAGCUUAUAGAAUCCCGCGAGAGAGAAGACUGUCCUCCUUUUAAGACAGUGCACUCUGGAAAAGUGUCUGGUACAGGGUACUGCAAAAAGCAAAAGAUUUAUGAAACUGACGAGUUUAUACAUUAUUUAUUAAACUAUUAUCAAACUCCAAGCUACGCACGUGUCUGCCUAGAGCCAAAAAGCACUGUUAGCAAGUCUUGGUGGCAGAGGAUAGUGUCUGAUAAUGGGAAUGGCUUUCAGAUCAACUUGAAGAACAAAUAUGGGCGACGCUUUACAGAAGUGAGUUUUGUACAAAACCCUGACAAGGGAAAUUGUAGUGGGGAUGAUAAUUACAGAUGGGAGAUCAUGAUUCGGAAAUCUGAGCCUACAGAGAAUGUGUCAAAAAACAAGGCGUAUGCUGGAGGGUUUACAACAAAAUUCCAAGUACAGUGGAAUGAUUCACUUGAUAUCGCUAAUUUACCAUAUGCUGAAUUUAAUAAUUCUUCUUUUGGAGGCACUAAUACUAGUCAUGAUAAAGAAUCCAAAGACGACAAUAACAGAAGAGAAGUUGCCCCACCAUACACGUACAAAUUCAGGGAUUUAAUGGAAGAGAUCAGUAGUGAUUCUGAGUAUUUUAGUGAGGCAAAGAGAACAGAAAGACGAUAUAAAGAUGUUUACAGUGAUGGCAAUAAAGCAUGGUCCCUCCCAAGAGAGAUGGAGAGAAAAUUCUUUGUCUGUGUCAAAAACGUAGGUCAAAAUUAUCCAGAAGAUGAAUCCAGCAAAUGUAGUUUCUGUUCAAAUUCUACCCCUAGUGGUUUGACAAAGCAGUGUAGACAUAAGCUUAAAAAAUCGUACAAGAGGUGCAGUAGUAAAUUGAGACACGAAGGGCGAAAAAGUGAGUGUAAAUCCAAUGAAGAAGCGAUAAAUACCCACAAAAAGAAGAAAAAGAGAAAAAAGCCCUCCUCUAACAUUUUACCUGAUGAACAUGGCUUCUCUGAAAUGGAGAGUUGGAGACAGUUGGAAUCUCUAAAAAAGAUACAGAGAAAAUGUAGCAAAAUGUUCCACCAUAAGAUGAAAUUCAAAACACUUCAUGUGAUGGCAGCAGCUUCAAAGGAUGCCAUCCAUGCUGAUGCCUCUCUGCUUCAGAGAUCUCGCCAAAGGGCAGGUGAGGUGGGGGAAGUGAAAUAGAACCAAGAUGACACUCCUCA